UAGGACUGCAGGUUCAAGCCUGUGUGGAGCGCAUCCCAACGAUGAAAAUGCGCGGCACGGUUGUGACAAUGCGAAAGAAUCAGAAUAUGGCCAAUUGCACUAUGAAUUGUGGGUCCUUGGUGGGCAGACCUAGAACAGAGACUUACAUGGGGUACGAAGAAGUUUGCUGCGAAGGCUACUCGCGUACUGAAACAGAUCAGUGCACGCCCGUGUGCAAGGAUUGCGGACCUGGAAUCUGCCUGGCGCCCAAUGAGUGCUUGUGCCGCAAAGGAUACUCGAAUCGCCGGGAUCGCAGUCACUGCGAACCAGAGUGCAGCGAGUCCUGCGAGAAUGGAAACUGCGUGGCUCCGGACGAGUGCCAGUGUCUCUCCGGCUACCGGUUUGUGAACGGCUCCAGGACCGUGUGCGAGCCGGUCUGCUUGGAGGACUGCGCCCACGGACAUUGUGCGGAGGGUGGAAUGUGCGUGUGCAAUGUCGGCUACCAGAGGAACGAGAAGCUGAGGAAGUGCGUGCCGAUCUGCCAGGACACCUGUCUCCGCGGCGUCUGUGUGGCCCCAAACGAGUGCAAGUGUAAUCCCGGCCAUGCCCCGCGGCUGGGCCAGCCCUGGAGGUGCGAUCCAAUCUGCUCGAGCGGCUGCGCCAAUGGCAGCUGCUUGGAACCCGAGGAGUGCUACUGCAAGGCCGGUUACAACCACACAGACGGAACCAUCGCCUCGGGCUGCCAGCCAAUGUGCAAGCCGGGCUGCGUGAAUGGAACCUGCAUUUCCCCCGGACAAUGUGCCUGCUUCGAGGGCCACAUCUACGCCGACGGCUCCCGGAAUGUGUGCGUUCCCAGCUGCAAGUCCGGCUGCGAGAACGGCUUCUGCAGCUCUCCAGGGAGGUGCGAGUGCCAUGGGGGCUUCGUAAAGACCUCCCAGCACCGGUGCUCGCCCACCUGCCAGCCAGUGUGCGGAUCCAAUGCCCGCUGCAUCGCUCCCGACACAUGCACCUGCGAUCCGGGCUAUACCUUUGUCAACGGAAGCUCCACCGAGUGUGAGCCCUACUGCCCGAAGAGCUGCCGUAAUGGAAUCUGCAGCAGUCCUGGCGUCUGCACCUGUCUGGAGGGUUACACGGCGCUGCUCGCUUUCUACUGCAUCCCCAUCUGCUCCAAUUCCUGCCUGCACGGCAGCUGCGUGGCGCCCAACGAGUGCCGCUGCUUCACCGGCUACCGACCCAGUUCCACCCUGGGAUCGAGUGUCUGCGAACCGAUCUGUAGCCAGGACUGCGGGCAUGGGCGCUGCAUCGCCCCGGAUAUCUGCAAGUGCGACGUGGGCUAUGCGAGGCGCUGGGCUCUGGGCACCUGCGAGCCGCACUGUCCGCAGAAGUGCGUGAACAGCCACUGCGUGGGAUCAGGUCUGUGCCGCUGCUACGAGGGCUACAAACUCCGGCCGGGCUCCAGUUCCAUCUGCGACCCGGUGUGCUCACCUGGCUGCAUCAACGGCACCUGCGUGGAGCCCAACACCUGCGCCUGCCUGGAGGGCUUCGAGGACACCAGGGUGCCGUACCAGUGCGUGCCUACGUGCCGUCCCAGAUGCGAGAACGGACAAUUCAGCCCCGGACACUGUGACUGCGAUCCCGGUCACGUGGUGGUCAAUGCCAGUGAGCCGAACUUCUGCAGGCCCCAGUGCUCGAAGCAGUGCGUGAAUGCCGAGUGCCGGGCGCCGGAGAAGUGCGUCUGCUUGCCCGGCUACCAGAUGAUGUCCGGCAGCAGCACCGAGUGCCUGCCUGUCUGCUCCAAGGGCUGUCGCUUUGGCCAGAUAUGCACUGGCCCGGACACGUGCGAGGGAAUGGGAUCCCUUGUCAGCUCAUCCCAGACGGGACACUUGGCCUUCCACUGGACCAUGUUUGUGCUGGCCAUCCUCCUCUGCCUGGCCCUGGUAAUGACGCCCCUCUUGGUCAUCCGUGAGCUGCAGCGUCGUCGUCGGGGAGGCGACAAGCUGAGGGCCCACUUAAUCGAGAACCCCUCCUACGGGGUUGUGAUGGCCAACAGCGAGGAGGCCGCCAAUGAGCAGGCAAUAGGUUUGGGAGAUUAG